AUGCUAGUGCCGCCGCCCAAUUUCGGAUUGGUGGAGGACAGCCUCUACAGAUCAGGUGCGCCAGAUCUGCUCAAUUUCCCAUUCCUAGAGACGCUCAGCCUAAAGAGCGUCAUUUGGCUGGCUCCCGAAGAGCCGGAUGGUACCUUGUGA